AGGUGACAGUGAUACUAUAAACCUUAACAACAACAACAUUUUGUGACUGAGUAUUUAAGUUUUUUUUUUUUUUUUUUUUUUUUUUUGGUCUUGUCAGCCUCACCUCAAGGGAAGGGGACACUUCUUGUAUACUGGUGAAUUAUUAUUAUUAUAGAGCGCUAAGCCCACCUGGGUUUCAUACAGUGUAUGUAAAUAAUGCUGGUCAGGGGAUGUUACUCUGAGAAUUAGAACUCCUCUCCUUCCUUGGAUCAAGCCCGAACAAUGAAUGCCCAUUCACCAGACUGUGUAUGCCCUCUAUGGGUUUAGUGUUUUCCAGUGAUUAUAAUGAUAAUAAUCAGCCUGUUAUCAAUAUUAAUGUUGUGAAGAAGUCGUGCAGUUUAUCUUUGCAUAAAAUUGUUCUCAACAUCAGCAGUAACAAUGUCCCAAGAAACUGUAGAGAGAACAAUGGAAGAUGCAAUAAGAAGUGAGAUAGAGAAGGAAAACUUGCAAUCUACAAUCGACCAACUAAUUCGAGAAGUUGUAGCAGAAGAAGCUGGACAGUCAUCUGAAGUUGAUCCAGAAAUAGUUGUGGCACGUUUAUUAGACUCCACCUCAAUACAGUCUUUAGUACAGCGGGUUUUAGCAACUACCCCAACUAGACAGCAAUCUCAACCCCCAAAAACAAACUUGCCUUUAAAAGUAAAAGAGCAAGUUGUUGAAGGACGCCAGUAUUUGUACCUACAUGUGUGUGGUGGCAGAGCAUUUAUCGACUAUUUAGGAAUCAAAGCAACACCUCGUGAUGGCAACCAGACUUCCUUAACUGUUCACCUUGCACUCAACAGUCAAAGAUUUGUGACUUCUGGAGUUCCUUGUGUGUGUGAACCUCAGUUCAACGAAGGGUUUCUUUUUGAUCUCCAGCUUUUAAAGCCAGGUCUGUCUAAUAAGGUGGACAACAGUGAACUUUUGAGCCUGGAUUGUACCAUCACUGUAGCAGUUGUGAGACAUGAGGGGCAGCAAGGCUCUCCUACAACCCUCCUUUCUGUACAUGAAGUGGAAUGGCGCUCCUUGCUGACACAGCCCUCAGGCACUACCAAGAUUGUAUGCCAACUGAUGGGCAUAGGAAAACACCUCCAGAUAUGUCUUAUUCCAGCAGUGAACAAGAAGUAACCUAUUGGUUUACUAGACAUGGAGGCAACAUUAGUUCCAGCAAUGGCAUAUCCUCUGCAAGCUUCAGUUGUUUCCAAGUACCUUCAGGAGAAGAAAGACUCUGUAGGAGAAAGAAGACGACUCUUCAACACUUAUGCACAAAAGUGGUGGCAGGAGUAUUUGGAUGCUUCAGCUAGUCAUUCAUCAAGAUUACUCCAGUUGUUUGCUAUGGAUGAAUGUGGAAAAUACAGUGCAAGUUCUCGGUACUUGCACAAAGUUGGCCAGAAGGCUGCUCAUGGCUAUGGGACCAUUAGUGCAGUCUUCAGUGACAGCAGUUUUUAUGCUAACUCUCAGGCAUCUGACAAAAUAGAGUAUUGCAGCUUCUCCUUGGAAGAUAGCAGUGCUUGGAAGAUGAUGUCUCCGAGUGCUUUAUCAAGCAUGAUAGUAAAGUCUCCUUGCUUGGUACCACUAACACCAGCUUCUAGUGAGGAAAACAAAAGGAGUUCUGACAUGGAGGUGCAGCUAAGAGUAUAUAUAAUUGAACACAGAAGUGACACUGGCUUGAGCUCCAACUUUGAUGAUCAUCUGAGCUACAUACUGACUCCUGCAUUAUGGUCCUAUGAGAGAAGAGCUGUCGAUGGUGACGGUGGCACUGAAGGUCGAGGAACAGAACUCUUCUCAGCUGCUCUUAUGCAUACUGUGCCUGAGGGACAUACUUUUAAGGCAUUUCCCUUCCACUUUGUACAUUGUUCUCCACGUCGUGCCUUCACUACAAUAUUAAAUUCAGGCAUUGGUCGGGAAAUAGUUGAGUGUCGUGGAGAUAAAGUUUCUUUAGCUGUGCGUUGUUUAACUGUUUGUUAUCCAGAGCAUGUGUAUGUGACAUGGCUUGUGGUUGCAUGUUCCUAUAGACCUAUAGGAUGAAAUUAUAAUUUUUAAAAUAAGUUCAUGUAAAUAUUUUUAUAAAGUAAAUGAAGUACAACCUAAAAUAUAUGAUAUUAAACUGCAUUUUUCAAGGUUAUGAAUACUAAGAUGGUGAGCAAAAUGUUACUUAUGCAUAGUUAUUUAUUUAUGAUACAGUAAAAAUAUUUUAACUGACAAAACUUUC